GCUUUGAUGGACACACUUGGACUCAUGUAUCGAUCUACGGACACUUUCGAUCCCCAAGAUGACCUCCCGUCUUUGACCGGGAAAGUCGUGGUCGUUACCGGCGGAAAUGGAGGCAUCGGAUACGCUACGAUACAACACCUUGCCCGUCACGGCGCCAAGGUGUACAUGGCCGCUCGGGAUGAAGCGAAGGCACGGGCAUCCAUCGACAAACUGCACGAUGAAGGGCUGGCUCCCGGAGAUGGGCAAAUAAUAUGGCUACGGCUCGAUCUGAACGAACCUUCUGUAGCGCGAGCAGCGGCGGAAGAGCUGCUCUCCCAGGAAGAUCGUCUGGACAUACUGAUUAACAACGCGGCGAUGCCUCGCGGUCCUUAUACAAGAGCACAACAUGACAUUCAGGAUGCCAUGAUGACCAAUCACAUCGGUCCGUUCGUCUUCACGAUGACCCUCCUACCGCUCCUUGCGAAGACAGCGGCGGAACCGGGCAGCGAUGUCCGCAUUGUGAACGUUUCAUCCGGAGGCAUUGCAUUCCUCAGACGGGGGAUUCGUUUCCGCAAUCGGGAUGACUUCAAUGACGAACACAAAUGGGACAUAAUACCGGGUCCUAGCCUCGCCAGAUACUGCCGCAGCAAGCUCGCGAACGUCCUCUUCACAACCGAGCUCCAACGACGCUUCAACGAGGCCGGCACACCCAUCGUCACCAUGUCCGUAGACCCAGGCCUAGUGCGCACCGAGGGCGUUGAGAACGACGCUGCAUCGCAACCGCCCGGUGUCUCUCACGUCAUGUCCCUGCUCAUCCGCGCGCUGUGGACACCGCCCGCGCGCGGCGCUUUCACUUCUGUGUUCGCCGCGGCUGCGCCGGUUGUACGCGCACAGAUGGAGCGCUACAAGGGCGCAUAUCUGCAGGCCCCUGGUCGCAUCGGAGCGCCUCCGCAUGCAGACGCACGGAAUCCUGCGUUGGCGCGGGAGCUGUGGGAUACCACGAACCGCCUUCUGGAGGAGAUGGGAAUAAAAGUGCACGAUGCACGGCGGAUGGCGAGUUGAAGCAGCACGGUGAAAGCUUCCACUUACACUCGCAGCGGCGGUGAUAUGAGGCGAUUGCUAUGCGACUCACUCUGUAGCACGCCGCUACACGAGGACGACACGAGAGCCCUACCUGACGCUCAAACCACACUGGUGUCCGCGUGC